CGGUCCGUAGUGGGGCCUGCGGUGGGAGUGGGAAGGAAGGCGGAGGGAACCAUGCGAGGUUCUGAGAACUGCGGCGAGGGUCGCCUCGAGAGACGGUUUCUGAGCAGGAAUUCUGAAAUCCCUACCACUUCCUCCCUCCGGGGGAUUUGAUCCCCUAUGGCCACCGCUAACAGCAUCAUCGUGCUGGAUGAUGAUGACGAAGAUGAAGCAGCUGCUCAGCCAGGGCCCUCCCACCCACUCCCCAAUGCGGCCUCACCUGGGGCAGAAGCCCCUAGCUCCUCUGAGCCUCAUGGGGCCAGAGGAAGCAGUAGUUCGGGCGGCAAGAAAUGCUACAAGCUGGAGAAUGAGAAGCUGUUCGAAGAGUUCCUUGAACUUUGUAAGAUGCAGACAGCAGACCACCCUGAGGUGGUCCCAUUCCUCUAUAGCCGGCAGCAACGUGCCCACUCUCUGUUUCUGGCCUCGGCGGAGUUCUGCAACAUCCUCUCUAGGGUCCUAUCUCGGGCCCGGAGCCGGCCAGCCAAGCUCUAUGUCUACAUCAAUGAGCUCUGCACUGUUCUCAAGGCCCACUCAGCCAAAAAGAAGCUGAACUUGGCCCCUGCCGCCACCACCUCCAAUGAGCCCUCUGGGAAUAACCCUCCCACACACCUCUCCUUGGACCCCACAAAUGCUGAAAACACUGCCUCUCAGGCUCCAAGGACCCGUGGUUCGCGGCGGCAGAUCCAGCGGUUGGAGCAGCUGCUGGCGCUCUAUGUGGCAGAGAUCCGGCGGCUUCAGGAAAAGGAGUUGGAUCUCUCAGAAUUGGAUGACCCAGACUCCGCAUACCUGCAGGAGGCACGGUUGAAGCGUAAGCUGAUCCGCCUCUUUGGGCGACUAUGUGAGCUGAAAGACUGCUCUUCACUGACCGGCCGUGUCAUAGAGCAGCGCAUCCCCUACCGUGGCACCCGCUACCCAGAGGUUAACAGGCGCAUUGAGCGGCUCAUCAACAAGCCAGGGCCUGAUACCUUCCCUGACUAUGGGGAUGUGCUUCGGGCUGUAGAGAAGGCAGCUGCCCGACACAGCCUUGGCCUCCCCCGACAGCAGCUCCAGCUCAUGGCUCAGGAUGCCUUCCGAGAUGUGGGCAUCAGGUUACAGGAGCGACGUCACCUCGAUCUCAUCUACAACUUUGGCUGCCACCUCACAGAUGACUAUAGGCCAGGCGUUGACCCUGCACUAUCAGAUCCUGUGUUGGCCCGGCGCCUUCGGGAAAACCGGAGUUUGGCCAUGAGUCGGCUGGAUGAGGUCAUCUCCAAAUAUGCAAUGUUGCAAGACAAAAGUGAGGAGGGCGAGAGAAAAAAGAGAAGAGCUCGGCUCCAAGGCACCUCUUCCCACUCUGCAGACACCCCCGAAGCCUCCUUGGAUUCUGGUGAGGGCCCUAGUGGAAUGGCAUCCCAGGGGUGCCCUUCUGCCUCCAGAGCUGAGACAGAUGACGAAGACGAUGAGGAGAGUGAUGAGGAAGAGGAGGAGGAGGAGGAGGAGGAGGAAGAAGAGGAGGAGGAGGCCACAGAUUCUGAAGAGGAGGAGGAUCUGGAACAGAUGCAGGAGGGUCAGGAGGAUGAUGAAGAGGAGGACGAAGAGGAAGAAGCAGCAGCAGCUAAAGAUGGAGACAAGAGCCCCAUGUCCUCACCACAGAUCCCCAAUGAAAAGAACCUGGAACCUGGCAAACAGAUCAGCAGGUCUUCAGGGGAGCAGCAAAACAAAGGACGCAUAGUGUCACCAUCGUUACUGUCAGAAGAACCCCUGGCCCCCUCCAGCAUAGAUGCUGAAAGCAAUGGAGAACAGCCUGAGGAGCUGACCCUGGAGGAAGAAAGCCCUGUGUCUCAGCUCUUUGAGCUAGAGAUUGAAGCUUUGCCCCUGGAUACCCCUUCCUCUGUGGAGACGGACAUUUCCUCUUCCAGGAAGCAAUCAGAGGAGCCCUUCACCACUGUCUUAGAGAAUGGAGCAGGCAUGGUCUCUUCUACUUCCUUCAAUGGAGGCGUCUCUCCUCACAACUGGGGAGAUUCUGGUCCCCCCUGCAAAAAAUCUCGGAAGGAGAAGCAGCAAACAGGAUCAGGGCCAUUAGGAAACAGCUAUGUGGAAAGGCAAAGGUCAGUGCAUGAGAAGAAUGGGAAAAAGAUAUGUACCCUGCCCAGCCCACCUUCCCCCUUGGCUUCCUUGGCCCCAGUUGCUGAUUCCUCCACGAGGGUGGACUCUCCCAGCCAUGGCCUGGUGACCAGCUCCCUCUGCAUCCCUUCUCCAGCCCGGCUGUCCCAAACCCCCCAUUCACAGCCUCCUCGGCCUGGUACUUGCAAGGUAAGAAGGGGAGGGCGUGUUUCCUCUGACAAUUUGUUCUCUUUCAUUGUCUGUUUCAGCUGCUCUGUCUGAAUAUUGCACGUGCCACAUCCUGUCUCUUCCUUUUUCCCACCCAUUUUAUCCUCUAAAUCCUCCUGUUUCUUUUCUCCUGUACUCCAGAUCUCUUUGACUCUUUGUCUCUCACUUCCCUGCAGACAAGUGUGGCCACACAAUGCGAUCCAGAAGAGAUCAUCGUGCUCUCAGACUCUGAUUAGCUGCCUCCCCUUCUCCCUGCCUCCAGAAUGUUCUGGGAUAACAUUUGGAGGAAGGUGGGAAGCAGAUGACUGAGGAAGGGAUGGACUAAGCUAAUCCCCUUUUGGUGGUGUUUCUUUAAAAAAAAAAAAGCUUAAGUUUUACACAGAAACAUUAAUAAACAAUAAAGUUCUUUUCUUACUGUA